GCCCACGCUGGCGCGAUAGCUGUGCGCCGUUACAAGGACUGUUAUCGGCUGAACUUUGAUCUUAGUACACACGACACACGUGUUGCAGACUUGGAGCGCCAACUGAACAAAGCUUCGCGACGGAACGACGAGCGCUUGGUAUGCGAUCUGUACGUGGAGAUUGGCGACGAGAGGAGGCGUGUGGGCGAUCUGCCAGCGGCACUGAGUUAUUACAGAAGAGGCGCCGAAUUGGCCGAACGAUUGCAGCUGCACGAGAAUGCAUCGUUUGCACAUCGGGCAAUCGCCGAGAUUUUGGUCGAGCCAAGUAUCCAGGAGAAUGCGAAAGCGUUGCAGCACGGGAAGAAAUAUUUGGAAGCAGCGAACAAAUCAGGAAGUGUUCAUAUUAUACAGCUUGCAUACCAUGUACUGGGCUGGCUGCAUCUGCAAAUAUCUCUCAAUUCGGACGUAAAAAAGGAAACGUUUCUUGAAAAGGUAUUUUUGAAGUUGAGAAGCGAAUGCUGGGUUUGUCAGUAG